UAAAUAGGAUAAUAAAUGCAAUUAUAAACCAGAUGGUUUUUUGCUUCUUCGCAUGUAUUUUAAUUUUGAUAUUAAGUUUAAUAAAAUUAUACGUAGAAUUAACAAAAGGAAGAGUAAGAAGUUCAACUUGUUUAAUUGGAAAAACCGUUCUGAUAACCGGAGGAAAUUCAGGGUUAGGUUAUCAAACUGCGUUAGCUUUAGCCGGUCGAGGAGCAAAAGUAAUAAUAGCUGACUGUAAUGAUUCAACGGAAUCGCGACGUAAAAUAAUCGAAAAAACCGGAAAUCCAAAUGUAAUAUCAAAAAAAUUUGAUCUUCUUUCAUUGGAAUCGAUUCGUUCGUUUGCAAAAGAAAUAAACGCCGAAGAAAGUCGUUUAGAUAUUUUGAUAAAUAACGCAGGAACCGCGCAAACUUUGGGUUUUUCAAAAGAUGGAUUGGCGGGCCAUAUGCAAGUUAAUAAUUUUGGUGGUUUUCUUUUAACCCAUUUGUUAAUAGAUUUAUUAAAAAAGUCGGCACCGAGCCGAAUUAUUUUUAUCAGCUCCGCUUUAGCAUUUUUCAACAAUUUAACCAUAAAAAAUCUAAAUGAAACCAUUUCAAAUGAUUAUUUUUCAUAUGGAAACACGAAACUUUGUAAUAUUAUUAUUUCGAAUGGAUUCGCACAAAAACUUUUAGGAAGUGGAGUUACAUCGAAUGCUGUUCAUCCUGGUGCAGUGAAAACACCCAUUUUCGAUGUGUUCUUAACCCAAUUUAAUUUCUUUUUCGGUUGGAUUUGGACAUUAAUAAUGAGAUUUGUUGGAAAAGAUGCAUUUGAAGGUGCACAAUGUCAAAUACACUGUGCUUUAUCAAAACGUUUAGAAAACGUUACUGGAAAAUAUUUUAUCGAUUGCAGAGAAUUUUUUCAACCUUUUGGAAUCGGAAAUAAAGCUUUUUGCAAUGAGAUUUGGAAUAAAUGCGAAGAAUUGGUUAAAUUAAAACCAGAAGAAAAACUUUAGACAGUUAGGCAACCAAUCACUCUUUUUAAUUGCUAAAAUAAUUACUUGGUAAUUAUUCGUGUACAACUUGUUACAAUGUUACAACUUUUAACUUUUUAAUGGAUUGUUGUUAUUUCCUGAUCCCCACACGUUUAACUUUCACUUUCGUUUCUAACAAAGUGGAAGCAAGGUACUUGGCAAGAUAAUAUUUCGAAACUUCGAUCUGUACGCUCGAUUAAACAAUGAUAAAUUUGAAUAUAUUUUGUAUUGUUUUAUA